UGGGGCCAGCAGCGGCGAUAUGGGGAGCAGCGUCGAUUGGAGGAGGAGAAAGAUGUGGUGGAAGAGGAGGACGAGGAAGAAGAAGAGGAGGAGGAGGACGACGAGGAGGACAAGGAAGAAGAAGAUGAGGAGGAGGAGAAGAGGGGAUUUAUGGCGGGUCCUAAAAAAAAGAAACCAGCAAGUGCAACGUGGCACAUUCUCAGAGGAGGAAGCGGCGGAGGAGGAGGCGGCGGAGGAGGAGGAGGAGGACAGGGAGAACGGCGAAGAAGAAGAGGAGGACGAGGAGGGGGAGAGGAGCAGGACGACAAAGAAGAAGAUGAGGAGGCAGACGAAGUCCGCGUUUUGCARAGCURGACACGAGCGCAUGAUAAACAAGUGCUUGAUGGCGCGGAAUGCGAGCGGAAGGUCAGGUGUGGAGGCGAGUCUUUGGAACUCGGUAAUCCAAUCAUGACUGAGCAGUGUGUUCUGAUGGAGCUUGUUGAGCUUGUCCAUCGCUUGCAGGUUGGGCGGCUCCACUUGGAAUCGCUUGUGUCAGGCGUCAGUCAACUCCUGCCAAGUGAGCUUCGUGUGCAAUUCCGACACUGCUACACCGUGGCUGGUCAAGAUGUUGUCCAGCCAUGCUUCACACGCACCACCAGAUCGGUGGUACAAGCACGGAUGUCGAUCGUUGUUCGGGACAUGGUGCAUGUCGAGCCUGAGAGUAAACUGGGGCCACCACGGGAUCGGUUCCGUCUUGGACUGAUCGCAGAAGACGGGAAUGUCAUCCAGCUUGGGUGGGCGCCGGGAGGAUGCGGCGGCGGGCGUCACGGUGGCAGCAGCCUGGACCUGCRUCUCCAACUGCAAGUUCRUUGCUUGYUGCGACGUCCGGAAGUCCUGAUGCACACGCUUGAUGUUGCUGACGUCAUCCUCCAAAACUUGCACACGGGUGGUAAGGGUGGAAGGCCCUGCGGCUGCUACAGCAACUGGUUGUUUCUCCAACGUCUGCAGCCGUGCGAGCAUCUGGUCCACUGUCUGCUGCAGGUGAAGGAUUUCCUCCUGCUGCAGAGCGAAGGUGGCCACGAGGUCGUGGGAGACCUGCGCAAGGGCUGACAGCCCUUUCUCAGUCUCCGGGGCCCCGUCUGCAGAUGUCACUUCCACCCAAUGUGCGGCCUCAUCACCGAUCACGGUCUCCCGCGUGAACAGUCGUUCUUGCUGGCGUGACCGGUGUUAGGCUGCCGCCUGCAGGUCUGCCUCUUCUUGACGAAGUCGGUCCUGUUCCUCCUUAUGUCGCUUGGCCUCCUCCUCUUGUUCGAGCCGAUUACGUUCCUUGGCCGCGGCGGCGGCCCUAUCGUUGGCCUCCUGAAUGAAUGCCGCCAGGCGUU